CCCCAACAAGAACACAAAGUGGGAAAUCUACCCGAACAAAGAACACAGAAAGUGGGAAAUCUACCCCAACAAAGAACACAGAAAGUGGGAAAUCUACCCCAACAAAGAACACAGAAAGUGGGAAAUCUACCCCAACAAAGAACACAGAAAGUGGGAAAUCAACCCCAACACACAGAAAGUGGGAAAUCUACCCCAACAAAUAGUUGGAAAUCUGCAACAUGUUCCGUUCGAAGACGAAAUCAGAGAAGACACUGUUGCUGCCAGGCUGGAGGCAGACGCCGCCGCCCAAUAUACAGCAGGAGUCGUCCGCCAUGAAGCAAGGAGCACCCAGCCUGCUCCCGCCUCCUGUUACUACCUACGGCGGGGCAGACACAGGAGAGGGGCCGCCGCCCCUGGAGUCCCCCCUGGUGUGCAGCGGUGACCAUGGUCGGGUCCGCAACGGCUUGGGUGUCCUCCUCACCUCCUUCUUCCUCGUGGCCCAGGUGGCUGGCCUGGGGGUCCUGGCCCUCCCCUGGGCCAUUGCUCAGACAGGCUGGGCUGGGGUUGGGCUGCUGUCGGCAUCCUGCGUGAUCGUGGCCUUCGCUGCCUGCCGCCUCGGGACCUGCUGGGUGAUCCUGGAGGAGAGGUGGCCCGAGUACCAGCGGGCCUGCAGGAAGCCCUACCCCGCCAUGGCCCUGAGGACCCUGGGCAGACCUGGCUGGUACCUGGUGACCGUGAUCCAGUGUGUGACGCUCUUUGGGGUAUCAAUAGUGACCAUACUCCUGUCAGCGGAGCUUGUGGCUUCCGUGCUGGCGCCCCUCCUGCCCACACUCACCGUCUGCAGCUGGGUCCUGGCUUGUGGCUGCGUCUUCAUUCCCCUGUCCUGGCUUGGCAGCCCAAAGGAAUUCUGGCACGUGUCGGUGUUGGCGCUGGUGGCGACGCUGGCGGCGGUGCUGGUGGUGGUGGUGAAGGUGCUGGUGGAGGACCAGCUCUACGAGCCCCAGCACCCACCACCGACCUUCUCCUCCUUCUUCCUGGGCUUCGGCACCAUCAUGUUCUCGUACGGCGGGGCGGUCACCUUCCCCACCAUCCAGAACGACAUGUCUGAUCGAUCCAAGUUUCCCUUGGCUGUGAUCAUUGCGUUCAGUACGCUGCUGGUGUUGUACGUGCCGGUGGCGGCCCUGGGCUACCUGGAGUUCGGGGACAUGGUGACGGUGAACAUCCUGCUCUCAGUACACGGUCCGGCGGUGACUGUAGUCAGGGUGUUGAUGCUCAUCAACAAUGCCUUCACCUACACCAUCGUCGUCAACCCUCUCUCGCAGAGCCUCGAGGACGCCAUGAAUCUGCCUCACACCUUUGGUUGGCAGCGCUGCUUAGUGCGGACAAGCAUCGUGUUGUGCGGGGUGUUGGUAAGCCUGGCAGUGAGGAACUUCGGCAGGAUACUCAACUUUAUCGGCAGUUUCACAGUUCCCAUUCUCACCUUCGUCCUCCCUCCCAUUUUCUACAUGAGGCUCUGUGACUCCGAAGACGAUGCGUGGGAGAGGAGGCGAAUCGGCGGCGUGCACCGGUUCCUGCUGUGGCUGGUGGUGGUGGUAGGGACCUCCAGUGGCCUGGCUGCCACCUGGACCGCUCUUCAGGCCCUCCUGGCCCCUGGCGAGAUCAGCGACUCCUGCUUCUCCUUCUUCUGAGACCUUCAGCAUCUCAGCAUCCCCCCUCCACUACAACCUUAAGUCCAGAGGUGUCUCAGAUCGGACCUGGCUGUUGGGCUUUAUGACCUCUGUAAGGUCGUUGGACCGGACUCAUUGGUCGUUGCACACUUGGAUGAAUAUACAAUGUAGAAUAGACGUGUGACUACCUGUCUGUAGCAGUACAAUGUUGUGGCUGGGUUUCUCUAAGCCUAGUUAGGUGUAGCAGCACCACCAGUUGAGGCACCACCAUCGGGUGAGGCACCACCAGGUGAGGCACCACCACCAGGUGUAGCACCACCACCAGGUGAGGCACCACCACCAGGUGAGGUUAU